GAUGGGUAGGAAACUUGGAAAAAGAAAACAGACAGAUGAUGAAGAUGAUGUCAAAAUUGAAAAGGAAAAGACAAGUGUAGAUGACAGUGAAAAAGAUGAAUGUAGUCUUGAGAAAGGACAUUCCAAGAAAACAACUGAAGAUGUACUUGCUAAUAAUUGUAGAAAAGACAGUGAGGAAAAUACCAGUGUUAAAUCCAAAAAGAAAAAAACAAAACAUGUUAAAGAAACAGAGGAACUUGAUAAAGAUAUGAUAGAGGAUAGUCCUCAAACAGACGCAAAAGACAAUGUUUUAAACCCUGAAACAACGGCUACAAAAACAGAACCAAACACCAAAGACAUUAAAAAAACUGAAAAUGACAAAGAUGAAAGUAAACUUGAUGCUACAAAUAAAGAUGUGGAAGACAUUAUGAAAGAGGUGUCAGUAAAUCAGAAAAAGAAGAAAAAAGAAAAAAAUAAGAAAACAAAGCCGUGUGUUACUGAUAGUGAAAAAACAGAAACAGAAGAAAACAAAAAAUCAUCUAAAGAACUUGCUAUUGCAUAUCUUAAACUAUGGAAAAAGAAUAGAGAGGAAUGGAAAUUCCAGAAAGUUCGACAAGUCUGGUUACUUAGUAACAUGCUUGAUUCAGACUUGGUAAAAGAUAAACACUUUGAAACUUUACUUCUGUAUCUAGAUGGUUUAAAGGGAAAAGCUCGGGAAACAACAUCUACAGCAGCCCAGAACAUAAUUGAAUCAGAAUUAGAUAGUGGUGUUAAAGUUGACCGAGCUCGACAGAUUGUCCAGCAGUUAUCUACAGAAUAAAUAUACAAACUUGAUA